CUGCACUCUCCAACGGGUUAACACUGCUGCUAACCCGUAAUGCCUGACGCCGCCUGACGCCAAGACUGCACUAAAAGCUUUCACCACGGCCUGAGCGACCUGAACCUGCAGAUAUAGUUGACACUGAAACCAUGACAAAACGCGUCGCGGCAAAUCCUAUCCGAUUCCCGCGGCCGUGAGGCCCCACCAUGUUAGUUGCCGGCACCUUGCGAGACACCCCACGGAGAAGACCGACAGUAUAUAUCGGGUCUAGACUUGGCACCACGACCUGCCUUCCCCCCUCCUUGACCACUUUGCUAUUGCUCUCAUCUCCAUCAUGGAUACGCGCGGGGCAUCGGUCUCUACGUCCAUGUCCGAGAUGACGAUCGAUGCGGCUCAUCCGGGCGCGGCAGCGACUCCUGUCGACCACAGCCUCACGCUGCCAAGUCGGCCCUGGCGACGCUGGACCACACCUUGGUCGGCAAUCCGAGAACAUGCGUACAAGGGAAGCGGAACCGAAAUUGACCCGUUUGUCGUCGACUGGCUUCCAAACGACGUUGAGGACCCGUACAACUACUCUGUGGGAUACAAGUGGACAUGUACACUGAUUGCCGCCACUGGCACCUUGGCGGUGACAAUGGGCAGUUCGUCUCUGAGUGGAGCCAUUCACGGAAUAAAGGCGGAAUUUCCUGGGUAUAACAACAUGGUCUACAUCAUGGUUACUGGCAUCUACCUCGGCGGAUUCGUGCUGGGACCAUUUGUUUGGGCACCAAUGUCCGAGGUGUAUGGCCGCAGGAUGGUGUACGUGGUGACGAUGGCUCCGUUCACAGCGCUGUGCGCGGGCUUGUGCGGUUCCCCGACCAUUACUGCUCUGCUUGUGCUUCGUUUCUUUGCUGGGACUUUUGGGUGCAGCUCCAUGACCAACGCUGGUGGACUCAUCUCGGACAUGUUCAGAGCAAAGGACCGCGGCUUGGCAAUGGGAGUGUUUGGGGCGAUGCCAUGGCUGGGGCCGGCCCUGGGUCCGAUUGUUGGAGGCUUCUUGUCACCAAUAUCGUGGCGAUGGGCGGGAGCUGUGGUAGCCAUAUUUGCCGGCAUCCUUGCCCUCCUCCAUCUCGUCUUCCUUCCUGAAACCUAUGCUCCAGUGUUGCUGCGACAAAGAGCCAACACGCUGUCGGCUGAGACUGGGCAGGUGUAUCGAUGUGUCUACGACGCCGCCAAGCCGUUCUCGACUAGGGAGCUCAUCAAGACGCAGCUCAAAGUUCCCUUUAUUCUGCUCUUCACCGAGCCGAUUGUCUUUGUUCUGUCGCUAUACCUCGCCUGUAUCUUUUCCAUCCUCUACCUCCAGUUCACGUCAUUCCCCAUUGUCUUCCAGGGCGAGCGGCAUUGGUCGCCAGGGAUUUCAUCGCUCGCUUUCCUCGGAACGUCCAUCGGCUGCAAUGUUGCACUGCUGUACAUGGUGUUUUGGGGUAACCCAGCGUACGCAAAGUCGUUGAAGCAGAAGGGGUACCUGCAGCCAGAGGCUCGUCUUCCUUCUGCCAUCAGUGGAGCGCUCCUGAUUCCUGUUGGCCUCUUCAUCUUCGCCUGGACAUGCUCACCAACUCGCAUCCCUUGGAUCAUUUCAAUCCUUGCCACGGUUCCAUUCGGCGGUGGCAUGGUUCUGGUGUUCCUGGCGUGUACCAACUAUCUCGUGGACGCGUACCUCCCUACCGCGGCUAGCGUGCUGGGCGCUUCGACCGUGACCCGGUCCAUCAUGGCUGUUGUCCUGCCCCUCUUCACGGUCGACAUGUACGACGCGCUCGGGGUCAACUGGGCAUCGUCGGUCUGCGCAUUCAUCUCUCUUGCAUUUGUACCCGUUCCUUUCCUCUUGAUUGCAUAUGGGCCGAGGAUCAGACGCAUGACAAAACACGGCCGGGAAGCCGACGACCACGGUCUCGAGAUUGCAGCGUCUCGUGCCGCCGCCAUUGCUGCCAACCCAGAAGCCGACGUCGAUGCCAACGAAAAGUGGGGCACAGUUGGUGAAGACGUUCGCACACCCAUCCAUGAGAUUGAGGAUCCUGUCUCGCAAAACGCGCGUGCCCAAGCCCCAGGUCACUAGACAACGCGCACCAGUGUAACUGUAGUAAAGUGGCA